CCUUGAGCUCGUCCUCGGAUCCGGCUGUGCUGCAGCACGGCCUGGUAUGGUGACCGAGCCGCGCACACGGACCCCACCAGAACCACCACCGCGACCAGAGCAGACGAGUUCAUCUUCAGCGCCGCAGAGGAGACUCGACAGAAGUUUGAAGAAGUUUCUCCCCAUCAGCAGCAGCAGCAGGAGGGGAGGAGGAGUUGGCGGAGGAAGAGGAGGAGCAAGAGCGGAGCGAGGGGGAUGAAGGAGUGAACCGAGGUGAACACCAGUGGACUCUGGGCCGUUUCAUUAUGCCGGUCCAGAUUCCGGACGACUCGGACUUCACCUCAUUCAAGGAGCAAUGCCUGAGUUUGGAUGGUUGGGAGAGCCGGUACAGCCGGGGAGGGGUGACGGUCUGGUGCCUGCAGGAGGAGAGCCGGACACUCCAGAAGCUCAAGAUGAGGAUGGUGUGCAAAGGUGUGACGGCAGAGACGCUCUACGAUGUCGUCCAUGACACCAGCUACCGCAGGAAGUGGGACACCAACAUGAUAGACACCUAUGACAUCGGACGGCUGACGGUCAACACUGACGUGGGAUACUACUCCUGGAAGUGUCCACCUCCACUGAAGAACCGAGACUUUGUCACCAUGAGGUCUUGGCUUCCUCUGGGCAGCGACUAUCUAAUCAUCAACUCCUCAGUCAAACACCCGCAACACCCUCCAAGGAAGGACUUGGUACGAGCCGUGUCAGUGCUCACCGGGUACUUCAUUCAAUCUAAUGGAGCCAACUGCUGCACCCUUUACUAUCUCACUCAGGUGGACCCCAGAGGUUCCUUACCAAAGUGGGUGGUGAAUCGAGUCUCGCAGUUUGUCGCGCCAAAGGCCAUGAGGAAGAUCUACAAGGCAUCUCUGAAGUACCCGGAGUGGAAGAGGAAGCACAAUCCUAGCCUGAAGCCGUGGUUGUACCCAGAGCAGAACACACUGCCGUGCGUCACUGCCGCUGAGCUCUCUGUGCAGCGGGCCGACUCCCUGGAAAACAUCGACGAGAGCUCGGUUGGCGAGGACCGGGCCGCAGUGAGCGACGACGAUGAGACGUAGUCAUGGGAGCGCUCACACGUUGGAGUCCU